CUUAAACACACUGAAUUGGUGCAGACAGGCUAGUGUGUUGGCCUAUGCAAACAUUUUUGGAAUGGCGUCGGUAGGUCGGCAAAACUUACAGGUGUGGAUGUUCUGGCUUCUCAUAGCAAGUUGUGGAGGUCUGAAAGAGGAUGACGUCUUAAAAUCUCCAAAGAAGGAAAUAUUCACGAGACGAGACUAUUCAAUUCAUGCAAAGCGUUCACCACAGCCAUCUAUUAAGCGGGUAGUAUACUACGGACAUUUAACAAUGGGAACUAAGAAAUUGAAUCUGUCUGCUGAGGGGAACCCCAUUGCCAAUGAUGCCGAGUUGUUCAGUGGCUCUUUUGGAGACAGUACUGAUUAUCAGUCCGACUCUUAUUCCCAUGUGUUUAAGGGACCAGAAGAUGUUGCUGAAGGAGUUUUCAGUCAGAACAGGAGGACCCCUGCUGUAGACCGAUUACUGGGAAUGAAACCAAAGGUCGAAUGCGUUGAGAAUUCAAUGACACUCAAACUUCAUGGAGCGGCUCCUUUGGGGGUUCCUUUUCAUAUAGACAGAGGGAAUGCAUACCCUCUCUCAUUAUCAGAAAUGCCUUCAGUCUGUGGCUACACAAUGAGGAGGAGCUGGAGGGAUUUAGUUUUCAGUACACCAUACGAUGGCUGUUUUGUAGCUCAAAAGGAAUCCAUUUAUGUCUUACCUCUGGUUAUCUAUGGCAUACCUGUGAGAAUGGCCUGCCCAAGCAUUGCCCCAACCCCCCCUUCUGUGACUUGCCAUGCCAGUGGAAUGACUGUAAAAAUUGAAUCCUCUGCCUCUGUUAAAGAUGUUCAAGUGAAGGUCAACAGAAAAUGGGAGUCGCUGAUGGAGGUGUCCCCCCAGUGUGGCUUCAGUGUUGUAGAACAUCCUGAUGGAGUGAUUAUAUCUGUCACGUAUUUGCCAUGUAUUGAAGAACAGGAUGGUAUGUUUACAUUUGAGGUAGCAGCUAAAGGAGACUUUAAAAUCUCUUGUCCAUCUCUGUCUUCUAUGCAUGCUAUGGCCACUGCUUGUCCUGAAUCCUCAAGCACCGCUUGCUCACCUACCUCGUUAGAUGGUCCCCUAAAUCUAUCCCAGACCCUAACAGAAUCUAUAACCUCUAGUCCUCCAUCAGACCAAUCAAAAUACCAAAAUGUUCAAUUUCCUUAUGUCUACAAUCCUGAAGGCGUUGUUGCAAUCCCUGAACCUGAAGUACCAGAAGUACCACAACUUCCACCAAGACCAGUUCUCCAACCUAUUCCGGCACCUCCAGACCCAGUUUACCCUAAGAAACCAGCACCUGUUGAGAACCCUUCCAAAAGCAUUCCCCCUCAUACCCCUGGACCUGUACAGUAUCCAGCACAAUUCCCUUUCUAUUCUUUCAAACCUGAAUUUUACCAGCCUGCUCCUAAGCCUGACUGUGUCUCUCCAAGCCCAAAGCCUGAGCUUUCAGAAGUACCACAGCUUCCAGAAAGACCAGUUCCCCAGACUACACAGGCACCUUUAGGCCCUGUUUACAUGGAGAAGCCAACACCUGUUGAGGAUCCUUCCAAAAACAUGCCUGAUCAAAACCCUGAACACAUGCAGUCUGCAGGAAAAUUCCCUUUCUAUUUUUUCAAACCUGGAUUUUACCCACCUGACCUUGUUCCUGCAAUUUCUGAACCUAAGCUUCCAGAAGUACCACAACAUCCACAAAGACCAGUUCUCCAAUCUACACCGGCACCUGUUAAGAAGCCAGCACCUGUUAAGAAGCCAGCACCUGUUAAGGAGCCACCUAAAAGCAUGCCUGAUAAACACCCUGAACACGGACAAUUCCCUUUCUAUUUUUUCAAACCUGGAUUUUACCCACCUGACCAUGUUCCUGCAAUCCCUGAAUCUGAUUAUCCAAAAGUACCAGAACUUCCACAAAGACCAGUAUCCCAACCUUCACUGGCACCUCUGGACCCAGUUUACCCUACAAAGCCAGCACCUGUUCAGGAUCCACCUAGAAGCAUGCCUGAUAAACACCCUGAACAUGGACAAUUCCCUUUCUAUUUUUCAAACCUGGAUUUUACCCACCUGACCAUGUUCCUGCAAUCCCUGAAUCUGAUUAUCCAAAAGUACCAGAACUUCCACAAAGACCAGUAUCCCAACCUUCACUGGCACCUCUGGACCCAGUUUACCCUACAAAGCCAGCACCUGUUCAGGAUCCACCUAGAAGCAUGCCUGAUAAACACCCUGAACAUGGACAAUUCCCUUUCUAUUUUUUCAAACCUGGAUUUUACCCACCUGACCAUGUUCCUGCAAUCCCUGAAUCUGAUUAUCCAAAAGUACCAGAACUUCCACAAAGACCAGUAUCCCAACCUUCACUGGCACCUCUGGACCCAGUUUACCCUACAAAGCCAGCACCUGUUCAGGAUCCACCUAGAAGCAUGCCUGAUAAACACCCUGAACAUGGACAAUUCCCUUUCUAUUUUUUCAAACCUGGAUUUUACCCACCUGACCAUGUUCCUGCAAUCCCUGAAUCUGAUUAUCCAAAAGUACCAGAACUUCCACAAAGACCAGUAUCCCAACCUUCACUGGCACCUCUGGACCCAGUUUACCCUACAAAGCCAGCACCUGUUCAGGAUCCACCUAGAAGCAUGCCUGAUAAACACCCUGAACAUGGACAAUUCCCUUUCUAUUUUUUCAAACCUGGAUUUUACCCACCUGACCAUGUUCCUGCAAUCCCUGAAUCUGAUUAUCAAGUACCAGAACUUCCAGGAAGACCAGUUCCCCAGACUACACGGGCACCUUUGGGCCCAUUUUAUCCAAAACAGCCAGUUAUUGUUGUGGAGCCUCCCCUUGCUCCCUCUGUGCCUGCACAUCCUCCCACAGAAGUUCCUAUUCAUCAUGUGCAUCAGAUCUAUCCCAUAGUAACACCUCCUACAAAACCAAAGAUGCCAAUCCCUCAAAGCCCUAGUCUUGUACCAAUCCCCACAUUACAAACAACAGAACUGGCAUCGGUACUCUCCUC